AUGAAUAUCAAUCCUAUGACCAACAGUCCCACUAAUAGUAUGAGAAAUACCACCUUUAAUGACCCUACAACUACUGAUAAGGAUCCGCUAAUUGACCCUAACAUAUACACCUCCCAUACCAUUGGACCAACUUUAUUCAAUGAAUUUAAUAUCUACGACGAGUUUAGGAAUAUAGCAAGUGACCGGCCUAGCGUUCUAAACUCCGACUUAAAUCAGUCAACUGAAGACAUUAUAAAUAUAUCCCAUAAUGAAACUGAUAUAUAUAAUGAGUCAGUUCUUAUUGUUAAAGAUCAACCUAGCGUCUCGAAUACCGAUCUCGUAAAAAACUGCACACUAACUGAAGCUACUAAUCUAAAUAAAGCCAGUAAAACUAAGUCAACAACGGGUAAAUUUAAUACCAGCACAUCUCGAUUAGGUAAUGGACGUUUUAACCGAAUGACAUCUAAACGCCCAAAACAUUUAACCCCGUGUCCAUUCCUGAGGAAAAGAAAAUUCUGUAAAAGAGGCAAUAAUUGUGACUUCCUACAUCAGAAACCUCAAUUUUAUAAUAACAUCCAACGACCCUCCUAUAAGAUAAUGGACAAAGCUGUCUCCUCACCCAGUUUUCAUUACUCCCCUUUUCCUGUGAAUCCCUAUUAUUUCCCUCCAUUUCGAUCCCCAAUAUACCACCCCACAUCCCAACCUUUUCCAUACCCUCCUUCAUUGAUGUCAGUACAAACAACAGGAUAUUGAGUACUGAUAGACAUCCGCGUAAUGGUCGUUGUCACCGUGCUCGUACUCAUAACCCUUCAAACUGUGUCUGCGUGUCUGUACAUAGAACUAACUUAAAUUCAGAUUCUCAUACAAAAUUCCUACGUUUCGCCAAUGUUAAUGCGAGAUCUCUUAAAAACAAAACAGCCGAAAUCGUUGAUCAUGUUUUGAGCAACGAUAUUGAUGUGUGUAUUGUGACUGAGACCUGGUUAAAAGACGUUGACACUGUUAGCAUAGCCGCGCUUUCUCCCCCUGGUUACUCUUUUAAAAACCUUCCUAGACAAUCUAACAGAAUGGGUGGAGGCACUGGCAUUAUGUUUAAUACCAAUUUUAAAGUUACUUUAAUUGACGGAGGUGAAAAACGAUCUUUUGAAUACUCUGAAUGGAACUUGGCUUUACUCAACCGUACGAUUAAAACAUUAGCAGUCUAUCGUCCACCUUAUUCACAAACUCACCCUGUUUCUUCAAGCGUUUUCUUCGAAGAAUUCUCCAACUUACUUGAGAGCAUUGUUAUGUGCACAGAAGUAUUAGUAAUCUCUGGUGACUUUAAUUUCCAUCUCGAUGAUCCGUCUGAUACUGACGCGAAAACAUUUACUGAUUUAUUGGAAACUUUUGGCUUAUUACAACAUGUUACUGUACCAACUCACUCGUCUGGGCAUACCCUGGAUCUUCUAAUUUCGAGAUCGUCCAAUGACAUUAAUAUUCACCUAGUCAAGACUACUUUCUUUUUGUCAGAUCAUUGUUUUGUUGAAUGCAACCUCUCUUUUCCUCGCCCGAAUCUUGUGACAAAGGAAAUUCAGUUUCGUAAGACAAAUCAUUUGAAUCUUCAGGCCUUCAAAGCUGACAUCACUGAUUCCAAACUGUGUAAUGACCCAUGCUCCAAUCUAGAUGAUUUGGUGAAACAUUAUGAUAAUACGCUAUCACAUAUUUUGGAGAAACAUGCCCCUUUACAAAGAAAGAUAGUGGUUGUCAGACCAAGAGUACCAUGGUUCAGUGAAGAACUUAAACGUAUUAAGGCCAAACGCAGAAAACUGGAGAAAGUAAUGCUACGAUCAAAUUGCCAAAAUGAUAAAGACGCUUAUCGCCAAGCGCGUAACAAGUAUGCUACCAGUUUGAAAAAUGCUAGACAUAAAUACUAUUCUGAUCUUAUCGAUCAAUGCUCGGGAGAUUCAAGAAAACUUUUUAAGGUUGUGUCUUCACUUUGCAACACACCUCAAGAAAACUCCUUGCCUCCACAUGAUGAUUCACGUAAACUGGCUGAUGAGUUCGGAAAAUAUUUCUGUCGAAAGAUUGAGCUAAUUAGAAAUGACAUUGAAAACGUUGUAGUAAACCCACCAUUAGUAGAUUAUCGUUUACCUGAUAUCAAAUUAGACUCAUUUAAGCUCCUGUCAGAAGAAGAAGUCCAUAACAUAAUCAUGAAGUCGUCGAAUGCAACAUGUAACCUUGAUCCUAUCCCAACAUGGCUGCUGAAAUUAUGUGCCAGUGAGUUAACACCUGUCAUUAUGAAAAUGAUCAACUUGUCGUUAAGUGAAGGUCACGUCCCAGAAGCAUGGAAAGUUGCCAUUCUUAUUCCAAUUCUAAAAAAAUACGGUCUUGAUCUAGUCUUUGAGAACUUCAGGCCCGUCAGUAACCUGUCUUUCGUUUCUAAAGCUACGGAAAAAGCAGUUGUUAGCCAGUUAUUUGAGCAUUGUGCUGAUAAUGCUCCUCUUCCUAACAACCAAUCGUCAUAUCGUCAAUUUCACUCUACCGAAACAGCUCUCCUAAGAGUCCACAAUGAUAUCCUUAUGAACAUGGACCAACAGAAAGUAACUCUUUUAGUGCUCUUGGAUUUGAGUGCCGCCUUUGACACCAUUGAUCAUGAAAUUCUGAUGGAUAUAUUGAAGUUAGAAUUUGGUGUGAUCGGAAAUGCCUUAAAGUGGAUUAAGUCGUUUCUUUCCUGUAGAAAGCAGCGUAUUAAUAUUAAGCAAAAGUUUUCCGCCAAUUUUACGUUGAACUGUGGAGUACCACAAGGAAGCUGUCUUGGACCGGUCCUUUUCCUAUUAUACGUGUCUCAACUGUUCCAGAUUAUUAACAGGCACUUACCUUCUUCCCAUGGGUAUGCAGAUGACACUCAACUUUAUUUAUCUUUCCGUCCUGAGUCACCCGUUGUCCAAGACCAAGCUAUUCAAACUAUUAAUAAUUGCAUCGUCGAAGUUCGUGCUUGGUUAGUUUCACAUAAAUUAAUGUUCAAUGACACUAAAACGGAAUUCUUGAUAAUUGGAACUCGCCAGCAGCUGUCUAAGGUUACAAUCGACUCGAUUGAAGUUGGUGAUGCUGAUAUAAAACCUGUACAAGAAGUCCGAAAUCUAGGUUCGUGGUUUGACGAACAUAUGUCGAUGAAUGUCCAUGUGGGCAAGGUUUGCAGCAAAGCAUUUAGGGGCUUGUACAACAUCCGACAAAUAAGGAAGUUUCUCUCCAUCGAAUCAACUAAAACGCUCGUACAUGCCUUUGUGACGUCACACUUGGACUACUGCAAUUCUCUCUUGUUCGGCAUUCCCCAAUACCAACUUCAGCGUCUUCAACGAGUUCUCAAUGCCGCUACUAGAGUGACGUGUCUUAUACCAAGAUGUGCUCAUAUUACCCCUGUCCUGAUGCACCUUCACUGGCUGCCUGUCAAGUUUCGCGUUGAUUUUAAAAUUGCACUUCUGGUAUAUAAAGUCCUCCACGGGAUGGCGCCAGCUACAUUAUGGAACUGUUGUUAGAAAAACCGAACUGCUGUUACCAACUGAGAUCUGAUGAUCAGGGACUACUUUUUAUCCCAAAAACUAGAGCCAAGACUCUUGGUGAUCGAGCAUUUGUGCAUGCAGCUCCGUCAAUUUGGAACAUGCUACCUUCUGGUAUUAGAAAUAGUAAAACAAUUGACUGUUUUAAAUCUCAAUUAAAGACUUUCCUUUUUAAGAAAGCUUUUGAUUCUAACUUUUAGAUUUAUAGACACCUAUACCUUAAUUCUUAAUAUUUUAGCUACUUGUAUAUAGUAUAACCUCAUUGUUGUAAAGCGCUUUGGAAUAUUUUAUAUAAUUUAAGCGCUGUACAAAUUUAAGUAUAUUAUUAUUAUUAACACACGUAAAUUCUGCCCGCAUUAGUUCGCUCGCACGUAGUGUGAACGUAUAGUCUAAUUUUCGGUGACGUUUUCAAACGGCGAGGUAGCCUUUAGAAAAAUUUAGAAAUAGUGGAUGUCCGAAGGGGAGGGGGUAAUUUUGGGCUUGGAUGUCCGGAGAGGGGGGAAGGUUGAACCAUUCAAGGAUGUCCGAAGGGGGGGGAGGGGGUUAUUUUCGAUUUCCUCCGUAGGGGGGGUAUGGAUCUUUUCUGAAAUGACCCAUUGCGAAAUCAUGAAUUUGAGUGAAAUACCGUAAAAAAUCUCAUUAUCAGUUGGUAAAAAUGCUGUUUUUUUAUUGGACAAUUUGAAUUUGAGGUAUAAUAUUGUUUUUGUAUAAUUUCAUAAGUGAUUAUUUGGAAAAAGGUAAACUGAACACACAUUUCUUUGUCAUUUACUUCGACAAAAUUGAAUUACUGCCAUAUAUUUUGAAAAACUCUUUAGGUGAUUAUCGUGCAAUAAUCACCUAAUCAGUAACCAAUCAGCGUGGAGAAUUUUCAAUAAUCACAUAUUAUGUAAUUCAUACUAAUGGCAUGUAUAGUAAAUAUCUAAAUUGCAUGUAGACAAAAAUAGCUACCUUAAAACUUGUAGAAUGUCUUUGAGCAUCAUCGCCUAAAAAAACAGGAUGCUUUCAAAAGAUGCCAGUGAGAAUAGAGUGAAGUAGACAAGAAUAUAAUUAUCACUUUUAUUUCUCACCCUCAGAUUAGAAUCCAUGAUUUUCAACUAUUCGAGCUAGAUUUCUUCAAAAUGAAAAACAUACAUUAUUAUGCAAAGGUUUUGACGUGGCAUGACAAAAACACAAAACACUAAAGCAAGGCUUAGAAAGCAAGAUCUCUUACAUCGUGUAAGAUUACACGAUACAAGUGCAGUAUAUGUAGCCGUGUCCGGUCAACACUUCGAAGCAAUUAUGGUCCUUCCUUUUCUAGACCAGGGUCAUAUUUGACCAUGGCAUCCUGGUUAACAUAACUAGACGUCUAUGUUAUAGAAUAGAUGGAUGCAUAACCAGAGCGGCAGAGUUCCUGGUUGUUUACAGUAGUUGGGUAGCAUAGCAUAGCUAAUUUAAUUAACAAGGAAGUGCUCUCGUCAAAUUAGCCAAAUUAUGGUUGAAAAACAGUUAAAAUAACCGGGAAAUUUAACCAUGCAGGAAUAUUCACAUAACCCAUAUAGGGUUAUUUCUAGUUUAAGCAGGAAAAUAUUAACCAGGGUGUUUUUAUAGUGUAAGAAAUGAUAAUAAAUUCUAGAUGAAACAAGACGCAAGUCAUCGUUAUACUAGUUUAAAAUACAUACAGUACUAUAAGGCAUGCAAUGAACUUGUGAUGACUUGCGUCUCGUUUGCUUUAAAGUAAACAAUGAAUACGUGUACCUAUUUUCUUUCAUGCCUACAAAGUGAUCAUGAGUGACUGAUGAUGUAUAUGUACUACCUUGACUUCUCAUAUUCCAAUCACCGCUACGAAACACCGACGAAGGACCAAUUACAUGCGGUUCAUUGUGUUGGAUAGGAUCAGCGUCGUUCCUGUAUAUUCAGCAUAACUGAAAGUCCUGGGUAGUAAAUACGAAGACCGAAUAGCGCUAUCAAUUGGAUAUUGAUUUUCCAUGCUUGUUAAAAUUCAUCGUUGAUUUAUAUAAGCCAUAUUAAACUUUAUUAUUUACAAGUUAAAGUUUUUUUUAAUAAAUUGUAAGGUCAAUAUCGGGAUUUUUAAAGCUGUUUCCCGAGCUAAGAGCUAAGAGGGUACUAAAUUCCUCACGGCUAAUUAUACCCGGGUAUGUGAAAACAUAGCGGAGUGCAAAGUUGUCCUCCAUUUUGUUUAUGUCAUGGACGGUUUUCGACGUUAUGCGCAUGCGCGAGUACAAACUCUGUCGAAGUAAUUGUUUCUCAUUUUGAAAGGACGUAUUUUGCUGUUUUACAAAAUUUUUUUGUUUCAAAUUUCGUUAAAAAGUUUACAAAAGUACAACACGGUUUUUUUCUGGAUUUUAACUGGAAAUAAGCCUGCAGUUUCACUUUAUUAGUGGCUGUUCAAUCGUGAAACAAAGUUUGUAUAAUAAUUGUUUUGAUGUUGAUGUCUUUGAUAAUUUAAUCGUUGUUGUGCCGGUUUGGGUAAGUGUAAACAUUUCAGUAGUAAAAUUCCAUGCCGUACUUGCUUUGCGUGGUCGGUUCUAUUCAUAUCUGCGAAAUUUUUAAGCCAUUCUUAACUCGAUAAUUCACUUAAAAAUGCAAGCAGGUAUGAAUGAAAUUGCAGUGACUGUUAUCGUUUAUUAUAAAGCUAGCGCAUCAGUUGUGUUUUUAUGUUUGUUUAUAAUGGUGGAGUUUUUAUACUUCACCUGUUAAGAAAGGCGAGGGGUUGCUGCAUGCAUGUAUUUUCUAGUAAUUUAGUAUUUUUACAAGAGUUGCAAAAUCACUAACCUGGCACUGGCUAGCGCUAUCCAGCCUUCGUACAACCAGCUCCUGGAGUAUUAAAAAUAUUUAAAUUAAAUAUAAAUUUUUAACCUUUGGCGUUUGAUAGCUGGCGACAUAUACAGAACCAUCUUUCGUAGUUUUAUCUUGUGUUCCAGAUGGAGAAAAGUCCUAAGAAUUUAAUAUACGUGCCGGGUUUACGACUUGCCAAUAAAUGAAUUUUAACUAUAACUUAAAAUUAGCAGCCGCAAUUUGAUGGUAAUGCUGGCAAUAUUAACCUGUUUUAUUGCUUCUAAAAUAUUUUGUGUUAACUGGAAAGGUUUAUGGAAAUUUAUUCCACAGUAACAAUGCGCGUAGAAGAACCAGUGGAUUAAUGACCUCCAGCCAGAAAUUGUGACAAUUACACACAAUUAGGCUACAAGAACCACUUCAGGCUGACCAAUAAGACUGGUCCUUCAUAUAGACAGCAUGAUCUCUUCCCAAUUGUUAAAAAGUGCUCAAAUUAAGACAUUACCUUAAUUUUACCCUAACCUUAAUCCCGCGAUAUAAACCUCUGAUCGGUAAGAUCGACUCAUUACGUAUCUUCUUAAAGGAAAACCCUUUUGAUGUGUUAACUCUGUCCGAAACGUGGCUGAAAGCUAAUGUAUCUGAUAAUGAAAUUUAUAUCCCUGGAUAUACUUUAUCGAGGAAUGACAGAGAUAUUCGUAUUGGGGGAGGUACUUUAGCCUAUAUUCGUGAUGGCUUGCCUUACUGUGUGCGCUCUGACUUGCAAGCACCGAAUAUUGAAUCCUGUGUUAUUGAAGUCAAUCGAGUAAAAGCUAGGAAACUUUUCAUAUUUACUAUAUAUAAGGCUCCUGACAAGAAACUUGAACAUUUUAUUGAAAGUUUAAGUAACGUAUUAUGUACUGUUCCCUCGGAAGCCGAUAUUAUAAUUUUGGGCGAUUUCAAUGUUAAUGUUCUAGCGGCAAAGAAAGACUCUUUACGACAACAACUUGUUCGCUUUGGAAAUUUGCAUUACUUGGAACAACUUAUUAAAACUCCUACAAGAAUUACUGAAAAAUCUGCCACUGCAAUUGACCUAUUGUUUAUUAACAAUUAUCAUCGUAUAAUCGAUUCUGGGGUGUUACAUCCAUCAUUAAGUGACCAUUCCCUUAUCUAUUGCAUACUAAAAGCUGGAGUCCCUAAGCUUCCGCCACGAACAAUAGAAUACAGAUCAUAUAAGAACUAUUCCCAAAGUGCUUUUGUGAACGAUCUUAAGAAUAUAGAUUGGAAUGUUGUUGAUAAUCAAGAAAAUGUUAAUGAUGCCGUUAAGGUAUGGGACCAACUAUUCUCUGACGUGGCUAAUAGACACGCUCCAAUUAGAAAACUGCGAAUGAAAGGAAGACAUGCACCGUGGAUCACGAGUAAUUUAAGUACUGCUAUGCGGGAUCGCGAUUAUCAUCGUCGAAAGGCUGUAAAAUCAAAUUCUGAAUAUCACUGGAAGCUCUAUAAGCAAGCAAAGAUAUCUGUGAAUAAACUUAUAAAGAAAUGUAAAUCUGAGUAUUAUCUAGACCUAAUAAACAAAAACAAAGGAAACUCUAGUGUACUCUGGAAAACAUUAAAUGAAAUUACAUCGAGGAAAUCAUCUGCUCCUAUAACUUCUAUUGAAAUUGAUGGCACGUCACAAACUGACGUUAAAUCAAUUGUUGAAGGUUUAAACUUGCACUUUUCGUCUAUUGGAAUGAAAUUAGCGACAUUAAUCAAGUCUAGUUUCGGAUUCAUUCGUCAGGUCAUUACGCCAAAUUCUGUCAGUGAUAUUUGGGCAUCAACAUCUUGUGAGUUUUCCUUUGGGGAUAUUGAUGAACAAUUUGUUAACAAAAAUCUCCAUGAGUUGAAAACCAAUAAAGCUAUUGGUCUUGAUCGUGUUAGUGCUCGUUUGUUGAAAGAUUCUGCCAAUGUUCUAACUCCUGUACUGACCAAAUUAUUUAAUCGUUCACUGUCUUCUUCUAUAUACCCUGACAUUUGGAAAUGCGGGAAGGUUACUGCUCUGUUUAAGUCUGGGAAAAGAACUGAUCCAAAUAACUACCGGCCAAUAACAGUUCUCCCGAUUGUUAGUAAAAUUCUAGAGAAAGCGGCCCAUUUACAAAUGUAUAGCUAUCUACAGGAUAAUAAACUUUUGUCGCCAUUUCAGUUUGGUUUUAGGCCCAAAAGCUCGACUGAGAUUGCCCUCGUCGACUUCACUGACUCAAUUCUGGAAAACAUGGACAGAGGACUUUUCACAGGGGUAGUUUCAAUUGAUUUAACGAAAGCUUUUGACACCGUCGAUCACGGAAUUCUGUAUGAUAAACUGAAACGCGCCGGCUUUGCUGACACAUCCGUAAACUGGCUUGAAUCAUAUCUUACAAACAGAACUCAAGUAACUGCAGUUGGAAAUAUUUACUCGUCUGCUAAAUCUGUACACAUUGGAGUACCUCAGGGAAGUGUGUUGGGUCCGUUACUAUUUAUCAUCUAUGUGAACGACCUGCCUUCAUGUAUAAAACACUGUAACGUAUCUCUUUAUGCUGAUGACACGGUUAUUUAUUUUUCUUCUUCUGAUGUAUCAGUAGUUGAGGAUAAACUAAAUUCCGAUCUAGCAAGUUUAAGCCGGUGGCUCAACGAAAACCUCCUAACAUUGAAUGAAACUAAAUGUAAAUUUGUUAUAUUUGGGAGUAAUCAAAAACUGGCAAAGAUAAAAAAAAUUUCCUUGCAAAUAAACGGAUGUCAAAUUCAUGAUGAAGAUUCGUUUAAAUAUCUGGGUGUUAUUAUGCACAAGAACAUGACUUGGUUGGAUCAUAUUGACCAGCUAAAUGUGAAAGUUUGUCAACGAUUAGGAGCUCUACGACGAGUAAAACAUCUACUUCCCCGCGACGCAAGAAUAACCUUAUAUAACAGUCUAAUUCUACCUCUGUUUGAUUACGCGGACGUUGUAUGGGGUGACAAAAAUAAUGCCCUUUUGAUGAACCAACUUCAAGUACUUCAAAAUAAUGCAGCUCGUACCAUAUUAGAUUUACCAAAGUAUGCAUCAGCAACUCAGGCUAUUAAUCAGCUGACAUGGAAACCUCUAGUCUCUCGCCGCUGUUCUCAUCGUCGCGUGGCGAUGUACAAGUGUCUAAAUGGUCUGGUUAAUUUUAAUCAUGACUUUCGAAAGAAUGGCGACCAUGGUUAUAACACCAGAGGUUCUGAGAAAAUCCGUGUGCCUAAAUCAAAGACAAACUGGGGCUUGCAGAGAUUCGUUGUGCAUGCAGUAAAUGACUGGAAUAGUGUGCCAGAACACAUCAAACAGGCUGAAACACUAACACGUUUUAAAAGCCUUUUAGCAACAAAUUUUUAG